CAGGAAGAGAAGGCACACCAUUAUUUGAACAAUUGGCAUGGAGGACAGAGAGAGUACUGUUGGAGACGUAUCUUUUUUUGUUCACUGUUCUGACAGCGAAGUGUGGGAUAGUCAAGGUGAGGCCAUGAUAUUCACUCACCACAAGAAGGGCCUUUCAGAUAAGGUGGAUCAUCAAUUGAAACACCUUGCCUACAGCAUGUGAUCUCCAUUGAACUAAUCCUGUGCUUUUUAAAACCAAUUAGCUUCAUCAGUGAUGAUUUAGCAAGGUAGUGUUAUUCAGGUAAGCUGUGAUCCCAAGAAAUGGUGCGAAGAAGCAACUGUUCUGUUCCGGAGACCGAGAUCCCAUUAUCUACAGAAUUUUUUGAAAAAAUCAAAGGAGAGCUAUGGCUUUUCCUACUCCCUGCUCUUCUCACUUUCAUUCUAUCAGCUGUGUUCCUGGAGGAAAUGGGCUUCUUGUUCCGCAAUAUCACUUCUUGUAGACGUCGUCGGCUAUAUCUUUGGAUUCUUGGCAUUUACCCGGUUUUCAGCAUGACGUCUCUCAUUGGGAUGUAUGUGCCUCGCUCUAUGUCUGUCUGCAGUUUUGUUGCCUCUCUGUAUCACUCCAUUACUCUUUGGAAGUUUUUGGCUCUCAUUACUGACUUUUUUGGAGGAAAAUCUCAGAUGCUGGUAGUAUUAGAGGGACAGCUGGUUUCACCAAACCCCUUUCCAUGUUGUUGCUGCUGCUGUUUUCCAAUGAUAACUGUUAACAGGUCUAAUAUAAGAUGGAUGACAGCUAUUGUUUUUCAGCUAUCAGUUGUGAGGACAAUCCUCUUCUUUGUCACCAUGGUGCUGUGGACAGAUGAGAAGUAUGACUACGGGGAUGUUGACUACAAGAACCCUAAUGCCUAUGUGAAUGCCAUCAUUGGAGUGUCCACUUUCCUUUCUUUCUAUGGUUACUUGCUCUUUUAUAAGGCCACACGGCGAGCUCUGCAUGGUUAUGGGUUACGUGCCAAAUUCAUUUGUAUUAUUUUAAUUUUGGUGCUGUGUGGUCUGCAAAGUGGAAUUCUUGAGACAAUGGCAGCUUUCGGGGUCAUCCCCUGCAAUCCACCCUUCUCCAGACUCAUGCGCUCACAAUUAAUUUACCACUACUCCAUCAUUGUGGAGAUGUUCUGCAUUGGGCUUUUUGCACGGCAAUGCUUCCGUAAGGUGGAACCUGGCUCUCCUAAUGGAUCAACAAGUGAAUUUGGCCCAGUGAGUUUCAAGCAAGACAAAUAUGUGCAGACAGAGGAAGUGCACCUUGCUGAGAGAAUUUCUGUGAUCUCACAAGAGCCCUGGACAGGAAUGAUGACCUCUGCAUUAAAUCACGGAUAUCACAGUGACAGUGAAGAUAGUCUGUGUAAAAUAGAGCAUGCACCCUUGGAUGAAUUCCAUUUUACCCAACAGCCUAGCUCUGGUAUGACAUUUUCUGAAAGAAUUUAUCCUCAUGAACAGAGAUUUGGGGACAUGGUAAGCACUGGCAAGAAAGCAGAUUUAGAAAUGGGAAAGAUGAUGGUGAAAGCAGAGAUCAAUUACAAUACUAGAAAUGAGGUCACAGUAGUUUAGAAUGAAGCUGCAAUGGUGAGGAGGAACCCUCCAGAAUUGGCCUGAAAGUAAAUGGAGAACUGUACGAGGAGGAUAAAUUCUACUUGUUACAAACCUUAACAGAGUAGGGAUAUAAAGAAAUAAAGGACAUGCUCUUGCCAGAGCAGCCUGGUGGCACAGUGUUUAGCACUCCUGCCUCACAGAACUCUGAGAAUGAUUUUGAAACUUACUCUGGUCAAUAUGUAGAUAGUGUACAUUCUUUCUUUGUCUGUGUGAGUUAAUUGCCAAGGACAUUGGUACAUAGCUAGGAAGUUAAUCUAAAUUGGCCCAAUAUGAGUGCAUACAAGUGCAGCCUUUUAUCCAGUAUAUGUUUCUACCUGACUCCUGAUGACACUGAAAGUGACUCUUAGUUCCCUGUGACCCAAAAACUGAAUAAAAAAGGUGUAAUGAUUGCUGCCCAGGUGCACAUCUCAAGCUGAACUAAAACAGUUCAUUGAAGAACUACUCAGAUUUGAAAUUUCUGUAGUUUCAUAAAUGCAUGUUUUUAGUGCUACAAAAUAUUUUUGGUGUGAUUUCCUUAUCUAAAUAUAAAAAAAUAUUUUAACAAGAUGUGUAUGCAGAGAAAUAAAUUGUGCACAUUAACAUCCUUAUCACUUUCAGUGUGUGUUUACAAGAUUUCAUUAUUAGAAAUACAGUUAGGUCCAUAAAUAUUUGGAC